CCCAUAUGUUUUAAAAAUGAAUUUAUCAGAAGGAAAUACUAAAGUAUGGCUAUUAUCCCAUCCAACAAUGAAAGAAAUGGCUCUAAAUAUAAUAAAAGAUUGUGAUACAAACAUGAAAAUUUUGCAUUUGAAGGAUGAAUCCCAAAGAGGUGGAUGUGGCACACCAAUACGAAGUAUUGAAUACAAGAAUAUUAUAAACUGGAAAAAAUUUCCUGAUAAUUGGCCUAAUUUGUUUAUUGAAAAUGUGAAAAGUGUGGCUGGAAAAGAUAUAAUAUUUUUGGCAAGUUUCCACUCACCUGAAGUUAUUUUUGAACAACUAUCUAUAAUUUAUACCCUGCCAAAAUAUUUAGUGAGGUCUUUUACUUUGAUUUUACCCUAUUUUCCAACUGCCACAAUGGAAAGGGUUGAUACAGAGGGACAAAUUGCUACAGCUAAAACUUUAGCAAUUCUAGUUUCUGCAAUACCUUUGACAUCUAGAGGCCCAGCCAAGAUUAUCAUUUAUGACAUUCAUGCUCUUCAAGAAAGAUUCUAUUUUUCUGAUAAAGUUAUUCCUAGACUCGAAACCGCCAUACCACUCUUACUCAGGGCAAUUAAAGGGAUAGAUAAUUUAUGCAUUGUUUUUCCGGAUGAAGGAGCUUACAAAAGAUUUCAUCUGUGUUUUCCUUCUUCUCAAUUCGCGGACGACAUGUUCGUUACAUGUAUUAAGGUGAGGUUCGGAGAUUCGGUGCGGAGAGUCACGAUCAAAGAAGGUGAUCCUGUGGGAAAGCAUUGCGUUAUAAUUGACGACUUAGUUAUGACCGGAGGUACACUCCUAGAAUGCGCUAAGCUUCUUAUAAGUAACGGAGCCAAGGAUGUUAGCGCGUACGUAACCCAUGCGGUUUUCCCUAACGAGUCCUGGAAGCUCUUUACUCCGGCCUACACUAAUUCCGAACAGGAUUCGAGCGAAAACGCAAGCUCAAGCGCGAAUUCACGACAGGGGAUUAUAGAAAACCACACUUCGCCCGAUAAAAUGGGGGGUGAUGAAGAUUUCGACUCUCGAAAUGGUCCCGUAUUAAGGUUUAGCCGUUUUUGGAUAACGGACUCCCUACCGAAUUCCCUCACGAUAGCCAAAAACAAGCCUUUCGUCCUGUUGUCGUUAGCCAAUGUAAUCGCGGAUACUCUGCUCGGUUACGAUUUAUGUGUAUCAUGAUUCAUGAAACCCUUUUAAAAUUAUUGUAAACUCCCAAUUUUUUUUUUUUGAAAAAAUGACUCAAAAAUGCAAAUUAUCUUCAAAAUUUAUAAUUUAUUUUUUUGGUGCUAAAAUAGUUUAAAUAAUUUUAA